UUUACCCCACGUCGCCAUGAGUUGUAAGUUCAAUGUUCAAUGCUAUACUACAUAUAUACAUAAUACUAGGCUAGAUACCUACCUAGGAUAGUUGAGAGAACUUGAGACAAGCUAUACCUACCAGGUAUACUUGCUCACCAGGUAUACCUACUAGGUAUAGCUGUUUAUGCCUAUGAAGCCAUUGGCUUUCCCCCUCUCUCCCUUUCCCUUUUUUUUUUCUCGGAAAGAAACAAAAAAGACGCCUCCAAGCAGCCAUCCCUAAAUCGAUCAUAUCAUACAUACAUACGUACAUACAUAGUAUUGAUUCUAUAUCCCGUUUCCUCACUUGUUUCAGUUCCUGAAUUCGGACUCGCCAAAGCGUGGAACGCUAUUUCAACUCAAAUAAAAUAGAAAACACCACUUUAUUUUACUAACCCACGAUAUCUUCUCUCCAGUCAACGCUAUGUUUAGUAGCCUUCGAGGCCAGCCGGAAAGCUACGAGAAGAAAUCAAAGUACAAAUUUGGUCGAACCUUAGGUGCCGGUACAUAUGGCAUUGUGCGCGAGGCAGAUAGCCCCAGUGGCAAGGUUGCCAUUAAGAUCAUCCUCAAGAAAAAUGUAAAAGGAAACGAGACAAUGGUCUGGGAUGAAUUGGACAUGCUUCAGCGCUUGAAGCACCCGCACAUCGUCCGCUUCGUGGACUGGUUCGAGUCGAGGGACAAGUGGUACAUCGUCACCCAGCUUGCCACGGGCGGUGAGCUCUUCGACCGAAUUUGCGAACAGGGAAAAUUUACUGAGAAGGACGCUUCGCAAACCAUCAAGCAGGUCCUUGACGCCGUCAACUUUCUCCAUCACCGAAAUGUAGUACACAGAGAUUUGAAACCCGAGAACCUCCUAUACCUGAGCAAAGCCGCCGAUUCCGAUUUAGUCCUAGCAGACUUUGGCAUUGCAAAGAUGCUUGAUACCAAGGACGAAGUUCUUACCACGAUGGCAGGCUCUUUUGGUUACGCAGCACCAGAGGUUAUGCUCAAAAAAGGUCACGGCAAACCCGUAGACAUGUGGUCUUUAGGUGUCAUUACUUAUACCCUACUUUGCGGUUAUUCCCCUUUUCGGUCCGAAAACUUGCAGGAUUUGAUCGACGAAUGUAGUAAUGGAAAGGUAGUGUUCCAUGAGCGGUACUGGAGGGAUGUCAGUGACGAUGCGAAAGACUUCAUUAUGCGCCUCCUACAAGCGAAUCCCGAUGAUCGAUGGACUAGUGAGCAAGCCCUCAAACACAUCUGGCUGAGUGGUGAGAAUGCCACGGAUCACAAUUUAUUGCCGGAGAUCAAAGCCUACAUGGCCAAGGCCCGGUUACGCCGUGGCAUCGAACUUAUCAAACUUUCCAACCGCAUCGAAGCACUCAAGAUCCAAGAAGACGACCCGGAGAACCCCGAUUUCCCCGCCGACUCUGUAGCUGCGGCCGACCAGGCCCAGUCUCCCGCAGGUAAACCUGCAUCGCCCAUUGAGGAGACUGGCAAAGCCAAGCUUACACGCGCCAUGAAGGGCGCUAUCUUCCGUGAAGUGGUGCUCGCCAAAGUCCGUGAAAUGAAGGAACAGGAACAAACGUUGAAGGUCAAGGAAGAAGUAGAAAAGGAAGCAAAGCGGAAGAGUUUCCACGGCUAGGAGAAACGCGGUUGUAAAUGGAAAUAAGGUGCCCCAAUUGAGAUACCCCUUUAUUCGUGGGAAGAGUAGCCUGAAUGGAAGACACCAAAGUUGGGACACAAACUCUGGUUUCGCGUCAUCCUCAAUCGAUUCGUCGCAAUGCAUACUACAGCCGAGGUGGAGAAGAAGCAAGAACUAGCCAGUAGUUCGUUAACUUUUGGAGAGAGGGCUAUUUGUCCGCUUCGCCCCCAGCAUCUCGAUUUAUGCUCGAGGAAAGGGGGGGAGGCUCGUGCAGCGGCUUUUCGGAUCCUUAUUGGUUUUCUCCUUAACUGAUCUCCCUACCCCCUUUUCCUCGUUUCUGCUUCCGUGAGUCACCAAUCUUGAAAACGUACCUACACAUCUACCCAGGGGGUAAGUAGCUUCUCUAUAGAGCUACUCUAUGCACUACCUACAUGUACGUAGUAAGGCGUUUAUGGGUGUGGAUGGAGCUUUUCACUUUGAUAUUUAUUCCUCUAGAAUCUAUGUCUGUCUCUCUAUCUCUCUCCGUGUCUCCUCCGCCUAAGUGUAGAAAUACAAUCAAUAUAUUGAUCUGAGGUGACAAAUAAAAGGUGCUGGCUCUUCAAGUUCUCAUUACAAAUACCUGCCUAUAGGUAUGUAGGUACGUACGUACAGUACAUACUUAGUCACAGAAAACAGUGCAUCUUUCAGUAGGUACUAG